GACUCCUUCAUCAGCGAACAGACGCAGGAGUUUGAGACCGGGAAACGACAUUUGGCUAACAUUAUGGGCACCGAUGCCAACCAUAUGACACAACAGGACAUCAACAGAGCCAUUGAAUAUCUGAUGCCAUCGGGACUGUUCUCGAAGAGGGCGCGACCGCUGAUGAGACCCCCGCAGGAGAUAUACCCCAAGAAAAAGGAGGCCCAGUUUGACGCCGAGGGACGACCCUUCAGCUCAUUCUUCUACACAUCUCAGCCCAACUUCUACGAGACCUCUUACAAAAUCAGCGAAUAUUUACUCAAAUUAAACGCUUUCGAGGACCGACUCAUCCGCAAAGGCAUCGUAACGCCGCCCGAAGACACCAGAAUCGAACUCUUGUCCUCCGAAUGGCUUUCGUUCAAAGAAAUGAAAGCAAAGUUUUUGGAGGCGUUCAACGAAAAGAAAUACGAGAGUCUGGUCGACGCGUUGGAGCGGCUGGUGAGCCAUCCCUACUCCAAAAUGGCUAAAGACUUCAUUAUGGAGUACAGGAAGGAAGUGAAGGCCGUGUCCUCGCAGAUACAGAUCCCGCCGCUUAUGUACGACGAGAACGACCGGCCGUAUAUGACAGCCAAAGGAAUGCGAAAGUAUUGUAUCGCGAAUGUGGUGGUGCGCGGGAACGGCACCGGGAAAGUAGAUAUUAAUGGCCAAAAUUUGCUAUACUUUGAGUUCAUGCAGGACAGAGAGCAGGUGAUGUCUCCGCUCACCUUCACGGGUCUGUUGUUCAAAGUGGACAUCGAGUGUAAGACAAUGCACGAGGAGAUGACCAAAGAGUGGAGCCGCGACUCGCCGCCCAUCGGCUCAAAGGUGGGCCCCGGGAACACGUGGCGUGAGUUGGGAACCACCGCCCAGGCCGGCGCCAUACGGUUAGCCCUAUCGCUGGCGCUCAGGAGUUUUGUCGACGAAAAGAUGGUCGAGAAGAUGAGAUUAGCCGGUUUAUUAACACAAGAUGUGCGGCGCCGGGAGCGCAAGAAGUGGGGACAGGAGGGCGCCCGCAGGAAGUAUACCUGGAAAAAGAGAUAAUUUUGUAGUCAUUUCAUUACACAUGUAUUUAUAGAGAAAUUAUGCAAAAAUUUUAAAUUAAUAAACAAAUGAUUGUAGAAAAUAA